GAGGAGGAGCUCCACACCUGAGGCUCAGUGUAGAGAGCUCCUCCUCAUUAACCGUCUGCAUAGUGUAGAAACUACAGCAGUCUGUGUACAGCAGGCACGUUAGAAAGUGUCUAGACUGAAGACAUAAAUCCUAUCAGCGUUGUUUUGUUCUUCGCCUCUUAAAGCCUCCACAUGGAAUUGUGUGAGCGAUGCGCGCGACUUUUUAAAGACGUUGAAGCCCUUAUUAAGGAGGAAACAGAAAGCUUUGUGCAGAGAGUGAAAGGUGUUGCUGGGAGAAUCUCGAAGUGCUGUGGCUGGGGUAAAACAUCUGCUGUCCCUCAUGAAAAACUUUAUGAACUUCUGCGACGACAGCACUUGAAGCGUGAAAGCAGCUCCAGACUGAACCAUCACCUUCCCACAGUACAGAAUCGUGACUCAACUGUAUUACUGGAGACAUGCUGUACUCUCCUGCAGUCAGAUGAUGUGGAGGAUCAGAGGACAGUGACUCUGUCCAUGCUUAAUCUUCUCAUAGACAGGAAAGUUAAAGAAGAGCAUGUCAUUGAGAUGGGGCUUUUGGAGCCACUGGUUGAUCUCCUACAGUCUGGUGAUAACACAGUUCAAUGUCACUCCAGUGCAUGUAUUGCUUUGCUAGCCUCUUCAGAUUCAAACAGAGAGGUGAUUGUGGCCUCUGAUGCUGUGCUGCCUCUGCUUGUCCUGGCACGGGCCUUUGAUCCAAAAGUUCAACAAAAUGCUGUCAGAGCCCUUCUUAAUCUUACCAAAUCUGAGAAUACGGUAGAUGUGCUUUGUAAAGAGGGAAUUAUACCUGUGCUGGCUCUACUGUUACAGUCAACUGAUUCUGAAGUUCAGUUCUGCAGCUGCUAUGCAUUGAGUAAUAUUGCUGCAGUUCCAGAGCAUCACAGAAAAAUGCUCCAAAUUGGUGACCGUUUCCUGCUGAAAUCCCUGGUCUUACUUAUGGGCUCAUCUGUUCUUAAGAAUUCCACCCAGGCCAGUCAGUGCCUCAGGAGCCUCACUUUGAAUGGUGAGGCACAUAAUCAACUGGUUGGGCUGGAUUGGGUGUGCCCACUGUUGACCCUCCUGAGAGCCCCAGAACAUACCCCCCCUGAAACUGCUUUAAUGCUGCUCUCUCAGCUUUCUGCCCACCCACCAAAGAGAGAGUCUCUGGUGAAUCAGGGUGUGAUUCCUGUUUUGGGAGACCUGCUUCUCACACAUCUGCCUAACCCAACUAUAGUCACUCACUGCACUGUUACCUUCAACCACCUCUGGGACAUUGUGGAGAGUCUGCAGGUCCCGCUGCCGAUCGAAUGCUUGUCUGGGCUUCUUCUGGCUCUUGAGUUUCAUUGGAAGGAGGAUGACGUUGUUUUAAGUGUAUUAAUUUGCCUCUAUUCACUGGCUUGUCAUGACUCUCUCCGAUUCGGUCUUGUCGAGAAAAUGACUACAACUCACAUUGGCAGACUUGUGGUCAUCUCCAGUGAAAGCAAAAAUGUUGAAUUGUCUUUUGCUGCCGGUUCUUUAAUCAGCAAAUUAGACAUAAAUGAUGAACUACUGAAACUUCACCACAAAGCCAUUGUGGAAUACUUGAUGAGAUUCCUUCGCAGUCAGGAAGUGAGAUUUCAGCAGCUUGCUAUCUCUAGUGUGUCUAAUCUCAAAAAAGGUGGAGGGCUGGGCAGAAUGGUGACGAGGGUGGAUCUGGAGCAGGAGCUGAACAGAGUGCAGCAGCAGACUGAACACACCAGACAGCUGCUCCUGAUGCUCCGGCAGGACACUUUAACUAUGGGCAAACCCUGAAGCAGCAGUGUUGAUUGAAUUUAUGUGUUUACCAUGACUAAUGCAGAGUUUUAUAGCAACUUGUAUUAUUAAUUUUUGCAUAGCAGUGUUUUUAUGUUUGUGUUUUUAUACUUUUAAUAAUACUUUUUAAAUUAUUUUUUACAAUGUUUUGCUGAAGAACAAAGUUCUGGAUGAUGUGACAAUUUUUGUACACAGUGAGGUCUAAAUGUCUAAAACCACCAAUAAAUGUUCUU